CUUCUUUGACGUAGUUUUUUAGUCAGCGUAAUAUAAUACACGUUUCCAAUGGCACUGGUAACUUCCCAUGUAAACAGUUUAUUGGUUGUGGUCGUAGCUGUGCAAUGUGUCUAUUCCCAGCGUCUGAUUUGCAGUAAAGAAAUUGUAUGCGAUAUUGAUGAUAUUCAAUCGAUGGAUGAUUUUUUUGUGAACCAAUACGUCCCAAGCGACGUGAAAAGUGUGCGGUAUCGAAAUGUGUUGCUCGAUAAAGUUGAAGGUUACUUCUUUCACGCCAUUCGCAGACACGUUAAAAACGUGGACAUAAUCCAAUCACCUGCAUUAAGGUGGAUCAGCAUACCGGGGCAGAUGAACGUUUCCAGCUAUUCUGUUAUACAAACCAGUGUAAGAAACAUCCAGAUAGAUGCACGCAAUGCAAUCACAGUGUUUAGCGUGAGUGAUUCUAAGCUUGUCAUGAUUCCGGAAUCGAUAAUCAAUUUAAGAGCGUCGGUAAACAUUGCAGUGGAACGUUGCCUUGUGGAUGCAUUAGAUAUGGCUAAUUUUUGCGAUCUUUCUCAGCUGCAAGUGUUAAAUUUCGCCGCCAAUCGAAUACGCUUUAUUAUUAACAGUUCAACGAGACGAUGCAGUGUUUAUGAUUCCUUGCAAAUUUUAGCAUUACCCAAUAAUUUACUAACAACACUCAACAUGGAGAUUUUUAAUCAUUUUGGUAAAAUUCAAAUGUUGGAUGUUAAACAGAAUAGAAUAAAAGUAGUGUUGGGUAGAUUCGAAUCAAUGGCAUCAUUACAGCUACUUUUAUCGAAAAAUAAACUAACAUCGAUAGACUUUUGUGGAUGGAAUGUGCCAAAUAUGACUUCAUUAGAGAUUGACUACAAUGAGUUAACCAUAGUGCCAGCCUGUUUGGAUAAUGUAAAUAGUUUAACUCUUCUCAGCAUAAGAACAAAUCGAAUUCAAAACGUAGCUAUAGACAGCUUUGCAAAAAUGAAAAGGUUAGUUACGCUGGACGUGUCCUUCAACAACUUAACAACGAUAAUGCUUAACAGUCUACAUUACCCCACAAGCUUAAGAGAUCUGUGGAUAACAGGCAAUAAUCUCUCACAGCUGGAUUUGUCGUCAGUCUCAGUUCCAUCCCUUGAACUUGACGUGAGAAUGAAUUGCAUUUCAAGUAUGGAUGUGGAUAGCAUCUCACCGAACAUUACAAGGCUUAACAUGGCAGCAAAUCCAAUCGAUUGUUCGUGGAAAACUGUGGCAGACAGAAUUAAUGUCACCUGUGUUGAUGAUGUACAAAGCAAGGCAAGAUGUACUUAGUUAUGCUUUUUUUUAUUCAGAGAUUCUUUCCGAAUCAACUUCUCUUAAUAUAUGUAGUGUAUUUACUUUGUUUUAACUAGCCUUAACUUCUCACGGGAGUCCAUCAAUAUGAAUAAAUGCCUAGAAUCUUUCAAACCUAAUAUUGGUUUG